UUUAUUAUUUAUCUUUUUCAGACAAUGCCUUCGAUAUACCGUGUCCUAUAUCUGUUGCUGGCCGUGUUUCCCUUGUGUCAUUUCCAGACAUCCACACGUGCCCGUUCUCUCGCCCUAAAUCCGGAGUUUGUGAGAUGGAUAAACACAUUGUUUUAUCUGCCUCCGGAGGGCCAGCUACGCUACCGCAAGGAGUAUCGCCUUUUGACUGACCAAGAACGAGGGGAUUUCCACAGAGCUUUGCUCAUGCUCAAGGAGGACAGGUCGGUGCAGCCCAAUAAGUAUGACGCGCUGGCAUCCCUCCACCACUUAAACACAGCUAGUGGCGCUCAUGGUGGGCCAAAUUUCCUUGGCUGGCACAGGGUCUACAUGGUAUUAGUGGAAAACGCCUGUCGUGAGAAAGUUCCGAACGUUACGAUACCUUACUGGGAUAAUACAUUAGACCAGGGCCUUGCUGAUGCCACACGCUCAAUCACAUGGUCUCCCCUGUUUCUAGGCAACGGAAACGGCGUUGUAGAAAACGGACCAUUUCGUAAUUGGGGAACUCCGUACGGACUAUUACGACGUAAUAUUGGGGCAGAAAGAAAUCUGAUGACUGCCACCAACAUCAAUAACGUGUUGCGACGACGAUGGCUUUGGCAGAUUACUCAUCCGAGUGGACAGGACAAUAGUAACUUGGAAUUACUUCACAACAACGUUCAUGUAUGGAUCGGCGAACAGAUGAGUCGGAUCGAGUCGUCUUCAUAUGACCCUGCGUUCUUCGUGCACCAUGCAUAUGUGGAUUGCAUAUGGGAGGAAUUUAGAAAUCGGCAACGCCGAAUGGGAAUUAAUCCUGCCCGAGAUUUCCCGAGAAUUGUUGGGGAAAAUGAACAGCUCCCCCUGGUGCCAAUGGGCCUAGGGAGAUUACUCGUUAUUGACGGUAUUAAUGAUAUAUUUACAAGAAGGAUUUAUAGAUGUCAGGCGAGACCCAGGUGUGUACCUAAUACAAACAACUGUGGUUCACCAUAUCUCCGUUGUGAUUGGUCUACCCGGCGUUGUCUCCCCUUGAUUAUGAGUAGGCCCACGUUUGUUCAAUCGGCACAGCAGCCUUGGUGGUCACGGUUCAACAGGCGGACAACAGGACAAAACAGUUUUAACAUUUUUGGAUGA